AUGGGCUCCGUGCUGAGCAGCGAUAGCGGGAAAUCCGCGACCGCCUCGGCUACCCCACGGGCCCUGGAGCGCCGGGGGGACCCCGAGCUGCCCGUCACGUCCUUCGACUGUUCCGUGUGCCUGGAGGUGUUGCACCACCCCGUUCGGACCCGCUGUGGCCACGUAUUCUGCCGUUCUUGCAUCGCUACCAGUCUAAAGAACAAUAAAUGGACCUGUCCUUACUGCCGGGCUUAUCUUCCUUCCGAAGGAGUUCCUGCAGCUGAUGUCGCCAAGAGAAUGAAAUCCGAGUUCCGCAAUUGCACCGAAUGUGACACUCUGGUUUGCCUCAGUGAAAUGAGGGCACACAUAAGAACAUGCCAGAAGUACAUAGAUAAAUAUGGACCACUGCAAGAACUUGGAGAGACAACAACAAGGUGUGUAUGUCCUUUUUGUCAGAAGGAAUUGGAUGAAGACAGUUUGCUGGAUCAUUGCAUUACUCAUCACAGAUCAGAAAGGAGACCUGUGUUCUGUCCGCUUUGCCGUUUAGUACCUAAUGAGAAUCGAAGCAGCUUCAAUGGUAGCUUAAUAAGACAUCUGCAAGUCAGUCACACUUUGUUUUAUGAUGAUUUCUUAGAUUUCAAUAUAAUUGAGGAAGCUCUUAUUCAAAGGGUCUUAGACCGAUCACUUCUGGAAUACGUGAAUCACUCGAACACCACAUAA